GUGGCAAAACCAUAUUGUUGCAAAAUAUUAAGCGAGGAUAUACGUUCCCAAAUAACUAUAUCAGGGUUUUAAUACAUACCUAUACCUUCUCAAAAAUAGACGUUAGAACACUUACUAGUUUCUGAUAUUUCAGUUUUCACAGUUUUCACUGUUCCAAUAGUGGGUACUAAGGUCGCAGAAGUCCGUUAUGGAGGCCGCCAGUUUGUCGUACGGUAAAACGGGUAUUGGUCAAAACAUGGGAAUUAACGCAAACAGUUGAUAGUCUCUUUUCGAUCCGCGUGCACCCAAGAUGCUGAUUAAAACGAUAAUAUUGGUUAUUUCUGGCAUCCUUUCAUGCGUCAUCGCAUCACCAGUGCCCAACAAAAAAGUCAGAGACGAUUACUCCGAUGCGAAAGUCUUGUAUGAUCAGCGACAAGAAGGAGCAUGGAAUGUACGAGCCCACUUAGAUAACUUCGUUAUAAUGAUCAUCCCCACUCAGACAGCAAGUAGUACCAGUAGUAGUCCAUCAUCCCCCAGUCUCCUAGAUUUCCUGACGAAAUCCAUCCCAACUGGAAGUCACCUGAAGAGGAUGAAGCAUGCGCAGAAACAGAGGAAGCCCGACGCCGUCCAAGAGACCAUGCAUUUCAUCGAAUCCAAAACGGCACCUUACCAUGUCGACCUCACCAAGGAAGCAAGCGGAGCAGAAACAGCCGAAAAAGGCGUGGUUGCCAGUUCUCCAUCGAUAGCCUUGAUACAAUCGGAGGAGCCAGUGUUGCAUCCUAGCAAUAGAAGGUCGCGACAGUUGAUUUUGACACUUCCUUUGGAAGACGAGUAUGUCCUCACGAAAUCGAAAAGUAAGCUUACAGGGAAAAAGAGCAAGGAAGCAAAAAAAGAGACACACAUGGAUGAGCUGACGCUUCUUGGAGCACAGAAUGAACAGUGUGGUCCAGGAAUGGCUAGAGACUCCUAUGGCAUAUGCAGAACCUACAAGAAAUACUAAUGAAGAUAUAUGAAGAUGUGACACAAUGAUUGUUUAAAAGGGAUGAACCCCGCCAAAUAGUUUGUUGAUUCCUAUACUUGCUAUUUUAUCUGUUGACUUGGUCAUGAGCAUUUUAGAAACCAAUUAUUGACUCAAGUUAUUAGGGAAAUUGUAACAAAUCAGAUUCUAAAUCUUGAAUUGUCCUAGUAGGACAGGAGAACCGUAUUGUAGUAUCAUAUUAUAUGAUGGUACCAAUAAUUAUUAUUAACUACAUAUAAAAUGCGCUCCCAAUAAACCUGUCUCAUUUUUAUUUAUUUAUAAUUAUAUUAUUUCUCUCAUUGAAUAAAUAUACGCCAA